CGCGGCCUCGCUCCGUCAUCACGCUCGCUACGCGCGCACUCCCGCUUCUGACGCAGCGAAGCUCCACCCGAGGAAGCGCGAACCUGCGUGUUGGAAUCGAGUUUCCCGCCGAAGCCGCAGAGAGGGUCUGUAUCAGGAGCUGCUGCCUGGUAAUAGUCAGUCCUAUCCCCCCUCAUCGGUUCACAAUGCCGGUAAACAUACAGGACCAGGGUCCAUCCUCACACAGAGACCGCGAACUUCUGCCAAGAGUGUUUUACUCCCAUCACUGCCGGCCACUGGCUGUCACGGGGAGUCCCAUCACUGCCGGCCACUGGCUGUCACGGGGAGUCCCAUCACUGCCAGCCUCGGGCCUGUCACGGGGAGUCCCAUCACUGCCGGCCACUGGCUGUCACGGGGAGUCCCAUCACUGCCGGCCACUGGCUGUCACGGGGAGUCCCAUCACUGCCAGCCUCGGGCCUGUCACGGGGAGUCCCAUCACUGCCGGCCACUGGCUGUCACGGGGAGUCCCAUCACUGCCAGCCUCGGGCCUGUCACGGGGAGUCCCAUCACUGCCGGCCACUGGCCUCGCGGGAGUCCCAUCACUGCCGGCCACUGGCUGUCACGGGGAGUCCCAUCACUGCCCUGGCUGUCACGGGGAUCCCAUCACUGCCGGCCACUGGCUGUCACGGGGAGUCCCACUCACUGCCGGCCACUGGCUGUCACGGGGAGUCCCAUCACUGGCUGUCACGGGAGUCCCAUCACUGUCAGCCUCGGGCCUGUCACGGGGAGUCCCAUCACUGCCGGCCACUGGCUGUCACGGGGAGUCCCAUCACUGCCGGCCACUGGCUGUCACGGGGAGUCCCAUCACUGCCGGCCACUGGCUGUCACGGGGAGUCCCAUCACUGCCGGCCACUGGCUGUCACGGGGAGUCCCAUCACUGCCGGCCACUGGCUGUCACGGGGAGUCCCAUCACUGCCAAACACUGGCUGUCACGGGGAGUCCCAUCACUGCCAAACACUGGCUGUCACGGGGAGUCCCAUCACUGCCAGCCUCGGGCCUGUCACGGGGAGUCCCAUCACUGCCGGCCACUGGCUGUCACGGGGAGUCCCAUCACUGGCUGUCACGGGGAGUCCCAUCACUGCCAGCCACUGGCUGUCACGGGGAGUCCCAUCACUGCCAGCCACUGGCUGUCACGGGGAGUCCCAUCACUGUCAGCCUCGGGCCUGUCACGGGGAGUCCCAUCACUGUCAGCCUCGGGCCUGUCACGGGGAGUCCCAUCACUGCCAGCCACUGGCUGUCACGGGGAGUCCCAUCACUGCCAAACACUGGCUGUCACGGGGAGUCCCAUCACUGCCAAACACUGGCUGUCACGGGGAGUCCCAUCACUGCCAAACACUGGCUGUCACGGGGAGUCCCAUCACUGCCAGCCUCGGGCCUGUCACGGGGAGUCCCAUCACUGCCGGCCACUGGCUGUCACGGGGAGUCCCAUCACUGCCGGCCACUGACUUGUCACGGGGAGUCCUAUCACUGCCAGCCACUGGCUGCCAUAUUCUAGGGAGUCCCGUCACUGCUAGCCUAUAGCUAAUAGUGAGCCAAUGCAAGCAUUGCUAGAGUCAUUGGGUUUUUAGAUUUCUAUCCAUCGGGAUAGCUACCACUGGAGUGACUCCCAUUGCUGCCAAACAGGUGACGUUGAAAUCAGCUGGCUGGGAGUUAGUAUUUAUUAAGAAUUAGGAAUGUUGGAUUAAUACACACAGAAGUGCUAAGCAGGGUUACCUGAAGAGGCCACAGAUGGGGAGUUUCAGUGUUACAGUGUUUUGGUCUGCUUUCUCUAUUAAAGGGUUGGUCUAGGUUAAUAUUCUCUCUCUCUAUAUAUAACUAAAUAUACAAAAACAAAAAAUUACUUGCCAAGAGUGUCUCUUUGCACUGCUUAGUGCAGAAUUCUCAAACUUUGGGUCCCAAAUUUUCAUAAACUAUAACUCUUCCAAUUUUUGUGUUUGUUUUAGUAUAGUAGGUGUGCAGAGAAUUAGGGAAGUUGAAGUGUAACAGCUGAAGGGACAGUUUGACAGCUCUAUUUUAUUGGGUCCGUCUGCAGUAAGCCAGCAUCAGGAGUAUCCCAUUCUAGUCUGAGUUAAACCCAUGUCUGAUAGAGGAUUGUGAGAUAUGUAGUUUAAAUUACAUAGCAGUUAUCGUAAUCCAAUAGGAUAAACUGCUGGAUCAGGUGCUCACUCCACUAGCAGUUGGGACAAAAUGUAAAAUUUUAGCCUUGACAUAAGUGUUGUGGGAUGCUUUAAGGGUUAUUCCAAGCACCUUGACUGUUUCAGUGUUCCGAUGUGGUCAUGUUUCUUGGCAUUUGUAUAUAUUCUUAAAGAAACGCUGUGCAUUCAGCUAUAAAACACUUUGCUGCCGUAGAUAUAAGUCCAUCUCCAGCUGGAAUGAAAGUUCUGGGCAUGCCAUGUAUGAGUCUGCUGUAGGAACAUAUACUGCUGGCGAUGAACCACCAGUACUCCCUUGGCCCAGCGUAUGGGAUAUUCCACCUCCUUCAUCAAGGGAGUGAUGUCCCAGAGAAUGAUUUUGAUGUAGAAUAUGUGGAACUGCAAUAAACUGAUAUCAGCGAUGUUGCGACUUUUUCAGAUAGAUUUUAAGUUGUCUACAAAGAAAGAAAUAUGAAGGGGGUCUUCUGUAUAAUGAUACAAAAAUUAAGUAAAGGAUGCUCUAAUAUUGUAGAAUUUCUACCGUCCCCGAAAAUAAGACCGGGUCUUAUAUUAUUUUUUGCCUAAAAAAAAAUCACACUAUGGCUUAUUUUCUGGGUAGGUCUUAUUUCAGGGAAAAACGUGUGCUAGAAAGCAAAUCUACUUUCAGGGGAAUUCCACUGAACAUAGAACAGUUCAUUAGGGCAUGGAAUCCUGCAAUUCUAUGUUCAGGGAAACUUUCCCGAACAUAUAUUAGCUUACGCGCGAAUGGAAUCUUGCGUAUCUAUGUUGUGGAAAUAUUUCCCAAACAUAGAUUAGCGACUAGGGCUUAUUUUCGAGGUAGGGGUAAUAUUAGGAGCUUCCCCCAAAAAUAAGCUAGGGUUGAUUUGCGAAGGGUGUUGUUUUUUUGGGAAAACACAGUAAUUCCAGUAGCGACAGCAAAUAUUGUGAAUAAUAAAAUACAUGUGCAGUGCUUAGCUCAGUAGAAGCAAUGAAACUUCAAGCUUUCGGGAUUGUAGUGCAGGGGGGGAGCAUAACACAUUUAAGUCAGACCGGGAGCUGUAGGAGUUAUUGCGUUUGGAGUGUUCCUGUAAACACUCUGCAGAACUACAAUCAAUGGCUACGGCCUCAUCUGGGCGUGAAAUCUUCAGUUUUGUGUGUGGUGUGGAAUCUUGCAUAAAAUUAACACAAGCAGUCAACUCAUUCUCAUUAACAUCUCUUAGGAGCAGACUUAUAGUUGUAAAAAAAAAAUAAAAAAAAAAAGUCAGUUUGUGAAGGAAUCUCAGACUCUUGAGUCACUGUCAUCUUUUAUAUAGUGUGUAUGUCCAGAGUUUUCAAGCCAGUUUACCAGUGUGUUUUUUUUUUGGUUUUUUUUUGGUUGCUGCAUUUUUGUACGUUUGCUUCUGUAAAUAGCUGUUUAUAUUUUAUUUGUUUGUGCAGAAGCAACUGAAAUGCCCCCUAAAAAAGCAGCACCUGCUGCCAGAAAAAAAGCUCCUGCUAAAAGGAAAUUAGCAGAAGCAUUUCCACCUGGUGAAGUGCUAACGGAUUCUGCAAAAAAGCAAUGGAAAUUGGGGUCAACCAUUGGACAGGGUGGAUUUGGCUGUCUUUACCUAGGUAAGGAUUAUUUUUUGGUGGUCAGUUGUUUAAUGUACAUUUGAUUUACUGUUAUACAUGUAAGUGACACUUGAAUUUUGAAGUUCGAAAAAUGUCACUCUAAGCACCAUAAUAGGUAUGUAUCAUUGCAAAUGUAAUGGUACAGAGAGGACACUGGUCUAUGUCUCUGCCUAUCAUGCCAUUUAAGCCUUAACCUGGAUCAGUGUAUUUAAAGGAGUACUAUUUACACUUGUUACACUCCAUAACAUUAUAUAAUUUAUUGAAAAUACCUUUUAAAUACUUCUUAAAGGUCACUACAGGCUGCUAUAGUUGUUAUGCUAAGAGUACUCUUGUGCCAUUCCCUGGUUAUGGGGGCAAAGCAUGUUGAAACAGUUUGUCUUACCUGGGUCCUAAUGGGCGCUGAUCUCUCCUUUAAUGUCGAUGAUGUGGAUCCACCUUCUUAAGAAUGCAAAUGCUGAUAUUGCCACUCGUUUAUUGGCUGAGUGUAGCAGCUGAGCACUCUCAACUAGGGAUCGACAGAUAUUGUUUUUUUUAGAGCCGAUAAUCUGUGAACUUUCAGGCCGGUAGCCGAUAACUUGCCGAUAUUCUGUACAUUUACCAAUUUGAAAAAAAUAAACUAUUUCUAAAGGUCAAUGCACAAAAUGUACAUGCCACAUGUAGUGGAUGCAGUGUGUUUACAGGGGAGCUGUGUGUGUUUGUGUAGUUUAUAUAUAAUGAAUGCAGGGUGUGUUUGUGUAGUGUGUGUGUGUGUAUAUAAUGAAUGCAGUGUGUGUGUGUUGUGAAGGGAUGUAAUUUGUGUAAAAUGGGCAGGAGGGGAGGCAUUUUUUAUUUUUUAUAUUUUUUCUUUUUUUUGUCCCCCUAUCCCUGCUUUUUACCUGGCCAGGGAGGGGGCUGUGGCAUUCCCUGGUGGUCCAGUGGCAUGUACUGAGUAGUGGGAACCCAGCAAGCGCUUACUUACCUUCCCAGCAGCUCCCUGUGUAAUUCUCGCGGUCUGCGUGCCAUGCGGAGCGUUGCCAUGGGAACCCGUAGCAACGCUAUGCGGCCGCGAGACUCGCAAGAGUUACACAGGGGAGCUGAAGUGAGCUGCUGGGAAGGUAACAGCUUGCUGCGGGCCCCCCAGGACCACCGGGCUUGUAAUGGGCCCGGUGAUCCUGGUAAUGUAUUAUUGGCAAUAUCGGUGUCUAUAUUGGCCGAUACCGAUAUUGCCGAAAAUAACAAAUAUCGGUAAAACCGAUAAUUGGUCGAUCCCUACUCUCAACCAAUGAAUGACCCCCUGUGCAAGGAUUAUGUACAUAAUUGACAUUGGAGUAUUCUGGGCUGGCUGCAAACGUUGCUAGAGGUGGUUAUAUAUCCGUCAGCAGCAUUAAAUAUUUAAGUUUGUUCCAUGGUUGAAACUGAAACACACAUACUUUCUCUAAGCAAUUUGACCAAUUCAGAAAACCGAUGUUUUCAUGCUUGGGCUUAGUUUAUAAUAUGAGCAUUUGUUCAAGGCACUUCAAGCAAUGGUUUUACAACUGUUGGACUGCAACAUCCCAGUUGUUGGUGGGCAGCUUGCAUAAAUCCUUUCUAGAGACCUACUGAAUUACAUUUUUAUUUGAACAGCUAGUUCCAAAGGCUAGAUCUCUGAUGGUGAACUUUAGCCACCACUCUUACUCAGAGGCCUCUGCCUGCAGUAUAUGUUGUAAACCUAUGUGUCAUAAUAUGACCAGGUAACCUCACCUGUUGUACAUUGGGUGAUAACUUUUUUGUUGUCCCUACUGUGCUAUUUGCCAUUUGCCGUGCUUGAGAACACUUCACUAAACAGGGGAUAUCUCCCAGAUAACUCUAUACCUGCUUCAUUGCUAGUGCAUCAGUGUCAGAACGGAAUGACCAAUUUUACUUUUUCCUUAUAUGUACUUGCAAAGAGUGAGGCAUGCUUACUUAAUACAUAUUACAGCUCAUUCAUUGUAGUUGCAUUGGAACUACCUGCAGGACAAUUCUCCUACUUUUCCCUGUUACUUAUUCUUAUUUAUUAUUUUAUUUAGAGAAAUCUAUAAAUGUGAAAGCACUCUUCUAGCACUAUGUGUAUAUGAUUUUUCAUUAGAUCAUACUUUAGGGUACCUAUUACCAGUAUGCUUUAAAUAAAUUCUUUCUUAUGAAAUUGAAAUGUGGAAGCAGGAUUUGGCAUGAGGGGCUCGGGGGGGCUAGAUAGUGGUUUUAACACUAUAGGGUCAGGAAUACAUGUUUGUGUUCCUGACCCUAUAAUGAUCCUUUAAACAGACUGUGCACUAGAAGAACUUAGAAUAUCUAUGUUCCUUUUAGGAAUUAAGCCGUGAGACUGCAGAGGCAUGAUCUAUACACAAAAACCACUUCAUUAGGCUGAAGUUGUUUUUGUUGUGCCUAUAUUAUUCCUUUAAACUGAUCUAUGUUGUGUCACAGUGAAGGGAAUAUUUAGUCAUGAAACAUUGCUGAACCAUUUAUUUUAAUUCUAGGUUGAGCAUGUUGGAAAUUAUUGUCCUUGGGGGAAAAAAAACUCCAUCUUAUGACAUUCUGCUCUUAUUACAGUCGUUUAUUUUGGGGGGAAUAUCUGUGAUUGGGCAGUUUUCCCUCUUGUUGCUUAUCUACAGUACUGUAUACACUUGUUGCAAUGGAACAUUUUUUUUUUUCACGUUAGUGAUGUGUGUAAGUAUGCUGGCCAUUGCAAUUUGUUCUAAUUGUCUGUUUUGACUGCACGCAACACCAUGUGGUUUCCUGUUAAAGCUUUUUAUUCGCAUACGUUAAGAGGAUGUGGUCAUCUCUAAUUGUAAAUAUUGUCAAGCUCGCAGUUUUAUUUUCCCUUUUUUAAUUGUAUAGAAACAGUUGUCUUGAUUUUUUUUUUUUUCUUACCUAUUUUUUUUCUCAGCUGAUGUCAAUUCUUCCAGAACGGUUGGACCUGAUGCUCCUUAUGUAAUAAAAGUGGUAAGAUUCGUUGUCUGACACAAUUUGCAAUGAUCUGUUCUCCGUUCUUCUCAUGUUGCUGCCUUAAAAUGCAGUUGGGUAACAUUACCUUGUUACUCCUUUAAGUAUUUUAAAAAUAGUGUAUAUAUUUCUGCAUUAGAGGUAACUUUGUGAUAGGAAAAUAAUCAGAAGUGAUACCUUUAUUCGUUAAACAAAUUGUGGUCACUACAAGCUUUCAGAACAGGAUGUGAUUUAACAAAACUGAAGUAACAUGGCCCAUAUAUUUUUGUUUGCAUAUAUAUCACUCAGUAACAUUUAUAAAUCUGUGUAAUCUGACUUAUGCCAGGAAAAGAAAACACACAUUUAAAGGACCACUAUAGGUGAAGUGGUCUGGGUGCCAGGUCCCUCCCAGUUUUAACCCUGCAGCUGUAAACAUAUCAGUUUCAGAGAAACUGCUAUGUUUACAAAAGGGUUAAUCCAGCCUCUAGUGGCUGUUUGACUGACAGCCGCUAGAGGUGCUUCCGCGUUUCUCACUGUGAAAAUCACAGUGAGAAGAUGCUGACGUCCAUAGGAAAGCAUUAAGAAAGGCUUUCCUAUGGACUGAUUGACUGCACGCACGGCUCUUGCCGCGCAUGCGCAUUCAGCGCUGACGUCGGAAGAGGGAGGCCGGCACUGGAGAAAGGUAAGAGUUUAACCCCUUUCUCCCCUUCAGCCUGGCGAGAUUGGGACCCUGAGGGUGGGGAGGACCCAAAGACCCUAUAGUGGCAGGAAAACAAGUUUGUUUUCCUGGCACUAUAGUGGUCCUUUAAGUAAGGAGAAAUUAAAGGUAUGUUCUUUGUUUUAGCUGAAUUUAAAGGACCUCUAUAGUGCCAGGAAAACAAACGCGUUUUCCUGGCACUAUGUAGUUCUUAGGUCGGUCCCCACCCUCAUGGCCCCUCUCCUGCUAGGCUGAAGUGGUUAAAACACUUACCUUUCUCCAGUGCCGGGCUACCUCUGUGCUGGGAAACUCUCCUCCUGCCGACGCCAGCGCAAACCGCCCAUAGGAAAGCAUUACUCAAUGCUUUCCUAUGGACGUCAACGUCUUCUCACUGUGGUUUUCACAGUGAAAAUCACGGAAGCGACCUCUAGUGGCUGUUAGUGAGACAGCCACUAGAGGCUGGAUUAACCCUCAGUGUAAACAUAGCAGUUUCUCUGAAACUGCUAUGUUUACAGCUGCAGGGUUAAAACUAGAGGGACCUGGCACCCAGACCACUUCAUUGACCUGAAGGGUCUGGGUGCCUAUAAUGGUCCUGUGACUAGGAGAGUUCAUAAAAGGAAUGUUCAUUCCAAGCACUAACUUCUGCUGUAGUCUUUAUCUUGCGAGGAAUGCCCUAGCUUUCUCCAAAGGUAAGUCAAAUCCAAAUAUUUUGACGACUUACCUUGGUUCUGCCAAUUGCUACAUUCUUUGUUGCUGAAUGCUUGUACACUGAGCUAAACCCCCAACUGCAGGGCUUGGCUCCACUAGCUGAGAGAGUUCAGCUGGCACUGCAUGUCAGGCCAUAGUGCACGCUUACUGGAGCGCAGAACUCCACAGCCAACAGACCCCAUAUAAUUUUUUAAGUUUGGAGAGUGCUAGGGGCACUCCUUGCACUAUAACUACAGCAAGCUAUAGGGCUUUUGGUGCUUCGUUAUUGAACAUUUCCUUGUUAAGCUCAUAUACAUAAAGACAAGUGGUGUAAUUAUUUAAUAUACAGGAGUUGUAAGAAAAGAGGGGAAGGGGGGUCACUUGACAGUGCCUCUUUAAAUGGUUUGACUGCGUACCAUGGCAGUGUGUGAGGAUACUCCUGGCACCGUAUUAUAUCGUUUACAUUAUUCACAUCUAUGGUCCAAAAGAUAAUGAGCUUUAAAAAGCAAGACUGCUCAGACAGUGUCAAUGAUUGAUUUUGGUGCUCUUUACUUAUUAGUAUUUUUGAAAACCAUUACUUUUGUUACAUAUACUUAGUAUACCAAAUGCACCCAGAAUAAUGUAAGUUAAAUUUAUAGGAACCAAGUGAUAAUGGACCUCUUUUUUCUGAACUCAAGUUCUACAUGCGAGCAGCUAAACCUGAAUUGAGUAAGUAGAACACAUUCAUUGAGUUUUUGGGGCAUAAAUCUAUUUUGAAAUGCCACUGUUAUAGCAAAGAUAACAUGUUUUAUAUAUCUUUUAAUGUGUUGUGUGUGUUUAAUGGAAAAUCUCAAUGUUGUUCUUGUGUGGCAAUAUACAAAUGUUUCUUAAAUAGUGGUGAUGUUAUUUGAUGUCUCAGAAUUCAAAUGCUCUAGGUGUGGAUAGGAACAAUUCUUCUUGUCUUGCCACUUAAAGGGACACCAAGGACUCCUAAAGCACUUUUGCUUGCUGAAAAGCUCUAUUUGUCCUAUUUUUUUUAAUUUUGGAAAAAGUACAAAUUUCAAUAGAAAUUGACACUUUUUUUUUUUUUUAUAAAUUAACCUGGUUACACCUCCUACUUCCUGGUUUAGUUCAGUGGAGCUAAACUCGCAAGGCAGCUAUGGCCCAGAGCACCUGCCUUGCAAAGACUUCUUAUUGAGCUGCAUUGGAAUGUCUGAGAUUGGGUAGAAGGGAAUGGUUUACAGUGGCAGCAGGCAAGGGAACUGCAGGUCUUGAAAGCUGUUUUAAGAUAUACCCCAAAAAUGCAUACCUUAUGAUACAAAUUUUCAUUUGGGUUAUAUCUUCUAAACAGUGAUUUACAUUUUGGUAUUUGAUUGUCCUUUUCAGGAAAACUUUUACAAGAGAAGAAAACUGUACUACCUUUUUUCCCAAUGGUCACAAGUGAUUAUUGUGCAGGUGUAAUUUAUUGUAUAUAACUUUUGGAGUUGGUAAUAGCUCAUUAUUUCUAUUUUAUCUUAGUUCAGCAUUGGACUAGCUCACAUAAACUGAAAUAUAUUGGCAUACCUAGAUAUUGGGGAUCUGGACUUCAUGAAAAGAAUGGAAACAGGUACAUUUUAUAGACAUUGAAAUUUGUGUGAAUGGCUUAAAGGGAUUCUUGAUGGUCCUUUAUGAAAGAGGUAAAUUAUUGUUGAACAGACAUUGCUCAAAUACUUAAAGUAUGUUAUGUAAUUUCAGUUACAGGUUUAUGGUCAUGGAUCGAUUUGGACAAGACCUCCAAAAAAUCUUUGAAGGUGCAGGGAAGAGGUUUACACACAAAACUGUCCUGCAGCUGGGUCUUAGACUGGUAAGACUCUUCAUAUUUUAAAGGUCCCUUUAAUGAAUAAUCUUUCUAAAAUCAUUUUCUUGUGCGAAUUGAGGCUUUUUAGAUGCUAUGUAGUGCUCCCUUCCUUACAGUUGCUCACUUUGUGCCUUUAGAUUUUGCAGUGUAUUAAUGUGGGAUAAGUGUGAACAACCACCAUUGCUGCUCAAAAACAAAAUCUAUUAUUUUUUCAUUAACAUAUUUGUGCAAGGAACAUCAUGCAACAGCACUCACAUUGAGAAUUUCACUGAGCAUUUAUGGGCAUUUCAUCCAUUCAUUACCAGUGGUGUGUCCAAUAUAGUGGUUACCUUGGUUUGAAAAGGUAAAAUUAUUUUAAAGGGGCACUGGUGGGAUAUCACUGGCAGAUGGGGCAAUCCUUUCCCACUCUUAAUUUGUUUGACUUUUCCUUAUGUACCCCAGUAUGUGCUUUUGUAUGCUAGAAGGAUAAUUUAAUUCUGAUUUCCAACUUGUCCGACAAUACAGUUUUCUCUCUAUAAUGUGAAAUUUGCUUCAAUGUUUCAGUGCCUAGUUUCUAUACAUGUCAUACAUGUGUUUUUAACAUAGAAAACCUGUAAAGGGUGUCUGGGGUUGGUAAAACACAAUGUAUUAAGAGUCUUUUGAAAUCUAUUUUUUUUGUUUUCUAGAUCGAUAUUCUGGAGUAUAUGCAUGAACACGAAUAUGUACAUGCAGAUAUUAAGGCCUCAAAUCUCAUCCUCCAUCAUAAGAAUCCUGACCAGGUAUGUACUGUGACUUUCAAUACACUGAGAUGUAAUCCAGCUUCUUGCUUAAAUGUUAAUACUUGCGUCUUUAUUUCAUUAAACAUAUGUUUCCUGCAAUGUCCUUGUUCUGAACUGCUAUUUGCCUGGGUUUUAUGAAUUUUUCCUUAGUAUUGCAUGGCCGAUAGUAAAUAUAUAAUCUCUUUAGCUUAAUCUUUUAUUUCGUGACUGAUAAACUCUGCAAGGAGAUCUUUGCUAGAUCAUUUGAAUUGAAAGCCCAUUGCGUACACUUGAGAUCCUUUAUUGAUGCGCCAAAGUCAGGAUAAUAAACGCCUGUACUGGUAUCGUAUAUGGAAUUGCCUUUGAGUCAUGUGCUCCUGUGCAAAAAUAUUUAUACUGUAUUUCAGGGAUAGACAUUUGUUACUCUAGGUGUUUUGGACUAAAUCUCCAUUAAUUCUUACAGCCAUAAUGCUGCAAAUCAUCAGGGGAUAUAUAGCCCAUAAAAACUAAAGUGCUGAAGACUGCCUACUCAUACUGUACUGUGUACAGUCAGCCUCUAGGGGUACCAGUUCUAUUUGUAGGCUAGAGAGCCUUAAACAUAAUAGGUUUACCAAUGUAAAUAGAAAUAAGGACUGCACAGAAGAAUGUCACUAUACUUCUAAUAAUAGACUGUUCAUAAUUUUCACAUGCGUAGUCUUUAUCCUUAAAACACAAUUGUGCAUGCAGAGUAAUGUCUGGUGGAUCCACAAAUAGGAACUACAAAGUACAAGGGAAUAUUGAGGAGAGAGGGACAGAAAGUACAGCUGAUAGCAUAACAAAGUUAAAAAGUAUUAAGAAGUAUUAAAACUUUCACAUAAAAGAAUCAAUAUUAGAUCUAGACACUCACAUUUGUAAAUGUAUCAUGAGUACAGUUCAAAGGACUUUUCGUAUUCUCUGCUUUCACCAAACCCCUGGUUUGAGUAAUUGGUAGUCUCCAGUUGUUGCACCUCAUUGGUUCCCUGCAGCCUAUGGAAUAUCUUUCCUGUUAAAGGACCACUAUAGUGCCAGGAAAACAUACUCGUUUUCCUGGCACUAUAGUGCCCUGAGGGUGCCCCCACCCUCAGGGACCCCCUCCCACCGGCUCUGGAAGGGGGUUUAAACUUGCCUUUUUCCAGCGCUGGGCGGGGAGCUCUCCUCCUCCGAUCCUCCUUCUCUCCACAAGAGCUGCGUGCGCAUUCAGCCGGUCGCAUAGGAAACCAUUUACAAUGCUUUCCUAUGGACGCUGGCGUGCUCUCACUGUGAAAAUCACAGUGAGAAGCACGCAAGCGCCUCUAGUGGCUGUCAAUGAGACAGCCACUAGAGGAUUAGGGGGAAGGCUUAACCCAUUAAUAAACAAAGCAGUUUCUCUGAAACUGCUAUGUUUAUUAAAAAAAAUGGGUUAACCCUAGCUGGACCUGGCACCCAGACCACUUCAUUAAGCUGAAGUGGUCUGGGUGCCUAGAGUGGUCCUUUAAGUAAGGAGGGACUAGCAAUCAGGAUUAUAGACAUUGAUAAAGCCACACUGUGACGAAACACGUUAGGCAGAAGUUUUCAGCGAUAGAAGACAGAACAAAUACAGAGACCGGGAUCAAGAAAGAUUCAAGAGACAGCAGUAGACCAAUGAGGUGCCACAACAUGAGUCUUUAUCACCCUCCAAUUUCUCAAAGUCCGGGAGAAGCAGAGAAAUGUAGUAAUGAGAUUCAAUUUCUAACAGUUUCUUUUAUGUGAAUGUUUUAAUAGUUAUAUGGUUUUAAUAUUGCAAUGCUAUAGGUAAUUUCUGUCCCUUCACAUUAUUCCCUUUUAUUUUGUAGUUCCUACUUGUGGAUCUAACAGCUAUUACUCUGCAUACACAAUUAUGUUUUAAGGAUAAAGUUUACCAAUGUGAAGAAUAUGAACAGUCUAUUAUAAGUAUAGGUGCAUUUGCCUACAUGUAGAGUUAAGUCCUCACAUUAUUUCCCUUAAGAUUUCAGAAGAGUAGAGUCUUUGUAGGUGAUUUUGUUUCCAUCAGCUGUUACAUUGUGCAUGAAGUAUUUUCUUGCUCAAUUUACUUGUGAGAAGAUCUUCAGAGGAUAUGUGAUAUUGCAUGGUAUUGGAUAUAAAUCAAUUAAAAACACUUUUAGUGGUACCACUGGUUCGGGAGCCCAACCUUUUUGUGGUACCACAUGGUGAAAAGCAGAUGACCUGGCUUUUGUAGUAGUAAUCAUUACACUCAAGUUAUUGCCACUGACUUUCUAUUGUUGGAUUAUUUUUUUUCCCCUUUUAUUUUAAUGACUUUGCCAGAUGCCUAUAUGUGUGCUGAUUCUCUUACUUGGAUCAUCAUCUUUUUUUAUAGGUAUACUUGGUCGAUUAUGGCCUUGCCUACAGAUAUUGCCCAGAUGGUGUACACAAGGAAUAUAAAGAAGAUCCCAGGAAAUGUCAUAAUGGCACAAUAGAGUUUACAAGUAUUGAUGCCCACAAGGGAGUCAGUAAGAACAUAUUCUGUUUCCUCUGGCCUAAUCUUAUUCAGACAGAACAUGUAUCUGUUAAAUAGUGGCUGUAUUGUUUCACUCUCUGUAAUUACUUAUGCAUUCAUUGAAUAGUUUUGUGUAUAUUUUUCAAAAAUCACUCCAUCUAGCACUUGAUUAUAUUUGGUUAAACAAUUUUAUACUUAUUUUUUAUUUUUAUUUUUUUCAAAUGCUUAUUUUAUAACUUCAGUCAUCUUUAAAACUAGUUUUUAUUUCUUUUUUUUUUUUUCUUUUUAUUAAACAUCGAACUGAAGUGUUUGGCUCAGCUGUUGAUUUACUGUAUGCGGGGGGAGGUGCUGUUAUUGAAGAAGUAAUUUGUAUUUCUGUCCAAACAACUUGCUAGGCCUCCUACAUACAGUAUGCAAAUUUACUUGGCACUCUACUUGAAUAUGACAUCCCUAAAAUUCUUAGAAAUCAGACCAUCCAGACAGAAAAUCAUUCAUUGUCAGCACAUAAACUCAUACAAAAAUGUGGAUCUUAAAACAGCUAUGAAGAGUCAAACAGGAGACUUGAAGUGCAAUAAUUGUUGGCUAAUUAACCUCAUAUCUGCUAGAAAUACUUUCAGUACUUAAAAUGAUCAAGUAAGCUUAAUAAUGAGGCAAUGAAUUCUGAAUUAAAAAAAACAAUUUUGUAAAGUUUAGACUGAAAUCGUAAUUUGGGAAUAUAGGAGGAUUUUUACACCUGUAAAACAUGUAGUUUUGUCUUAAAGGACACUAUAGUGGUCCUUUAAGUCUUUUGCCAGCAAAAAUACAUUGAUAUCCCCCUAUUUUCAAAUGUGUACUCUGAGCCAUAUGGAAAAUAUUUUAAGCCAAAUUGUAAAAUUGCUAUACAUUUGACACCAAAUAUUUGGCACUUUUUUAUAUUUGUAUGUAGUUGGAUUGUAAUGUUAAACGUUUACUUACAGGUCCCUCAAGAAGGGGAGAUUUAGAAAUCCUGGGCUAUUGUAUGGUUCAGUGGCUGUGUGGCACACUACCCUGGGAAGACAACUUAGCGGACCCCAACUAUGUUACUAAUUCUAAAAUAAGGUAUGCACAGUACUCAUUAGACAAAACAGUCUCACGUAAUCAAAUCUAGCAGGCCUGCAUCCUGCUCUUCCACAUCAUGAAUGCAGAAUUGCAUAAUUGUCAAUUCUGUCCAAUAUGGAAUGCAUUUAUUUGGUGAGAACAUUGUGGGUUGGUUAUCCCAGCUCUAUGGGAGAUAGGGGAGGGGAAGUUAUUUUAUAUUACUAAUAUAUAUAUAUAUAUAUAUAUAUAUAUAUAUAUAUAUAUAUAUAUAUAUAUAUAUAUAUAUAUAUUAUUUUCUUUGAACAUUUUAAACUGUAAAAUGAGAGCGUGGGAGAAGCCAUAUUUGCUACUUCUGUACCAAUUUGAAAAUUUGCAUAUUGAAUGUGACAAAUCUGCCUGAUGUUUUAUCUGAUUUGUCUCAAAUAUUUUUCUCUCUUAGUAUGGUGAUAGAAAUCCCUACAUUUAUUGAAAAGUGUUUUCCUGGGAAAAAGAAACCAGGGCCAUGCCAUGCCAUAUUCUUUGAGCAGAUUUUUCUUGGGAUUCUUUGUGUUUUACAGGGAAAAAAA